GGGACAAAGGCCGACGGAGCCGCACGAGCUGCACUGCGUCCACCAGCCGGGUCAGUGGACAGAGCGGGUGGUCCAACAGUGUGUGGACGGUACUGAGCUCUGUCCACCGGAGCCGACCACGGCGGAGGCGGCGAAUAUCAGAUGGAGAUGACAGAUGUGCGUGAAGACCUGGCCGCCCUUCGCCGGGAGGUGUCCGCCCUUCGUGAAGUGGUGGCUGCCCUUCGUGAAGAGAUGUCCGCCCUUCGGGAAGUGGUGGUCCCCCUUCGUGAAAAGGUGACCAUUCUGAGUGAGGUAGUGGCGAAGGACCAUUCGGACACGCAGAAGCUCAAGGGGGAGAACGCCGCACUUCACGGUGCGGUGGUCCGCCUGGAGCAGGCAGUUAUCGAGGAGCGGACCACUCGCCAGACCGUGGUGGAGGAUCUGCGGCAGGAGGUCCGCCGGCGAGCGGCGCCAUCCGGCCGUCCCCAGGGUAAAAUUUCAAAAGCGUUUCAUGACGUCACGGUACAGACGGAGCCGCAGCCACCGGCAGACAGUGAUACCACAGUGCUGAGAGAGGCGCUAAGGACCGUGACGACGUUCGACGCUCCGUCAGCCCUUGGCGAGGAUCAGCUGACGGCGCUCCUGCAGAGUCUUCCUCGCUUGGAGGAGCUGACCGUCAGGGUCCCGUCCUUCGGAACGGGGCGGUGGCUGCGGCUGCUGCCGACGUCACUGAGGACGCUAUACGUUACGGGGCCGGAGGUGACGGAGCCGAGGUGGCCUGGACGGUACGGGAGUGGUCUGUCGGUAUCUCUCCAAGGGGUGACUGCCGACACCAUCAGUCACCUGGCCACGGAGCUGGGGUCACGGAUUACCCUAGUAGUCACAGAUGCACAAGUUACUACUAUUCCAAGUCAACUUCGUGGUGCCAUCAUCAGGGUGGGCCCAAACACUAUUAUCCUUCCGGCCGGAGUCGGUGACAGCGAGCUGACGGAGCUGCGGAGCUCACGGGAGACUGUGGAGCGGCUGUCAGUCUCCGCCGCCGACCUCCCGCGACUGAGGGAGCAGCUGCCGGAGGGCCUCGAGCGCCUCAAUGUCAGAGGGCCGGAGGUGACGGAGCCGAGGUGGCCGGAGGUGACGGAGCCGAGGUGGCCGGGACGGGACCCGUUGGGUCGUCUGUCAGUGUCGCUCCAGGGGGUGACUGCCGACACCAUCAGUCACCUGGCUGACAUGGGACGGACGGUCACACUACUGGAGAUAUACGACUGUCCUGAUCUCACGGCCAGCAGCCUGGAGCCCCUCACAAGGUGCCCUGGGCUUAAAGCCCUAUCAGUCACCGCCGCCGACCUCCCGCGACUGAGGGGGCAGCUGCCGGAGUGCCUCGAGCGCCUCAAUGUCAGAGGGCCUGAGGUGACGGAGCCGAGGUGGCCGCUAUGGAACCCGUUGGCUCGUGGUCUGUCAGUGUCGCUCCAGGGGGUGACUGCCGACACCAUCAGUCACCUGGCUGACCUGGGACGGACGGUCAGACUACUGGAGAUAUACGACUGUCCUGAUCUCACGACCGGCAGCCUGGAGCCCCUCACCAGGUGCCCUGGGCUGGAGCGUCUCACCCUGUCCGGCGGCGUCCCUGACGCCGUGAGCCUGGAGCCCCUCACCAGGUGCCCUGAGCUGCGGGAUCUCACCCUGUCCGGCGGCGUCCCUGACGCCGUGAGUCUGGAGCCCCUCACCAGGUGCCGUGGGCUGCGGCAUCUCACCCUGUCCGGCGGCGUCCCUGACGCCGUGCUGGAUAUUCUCAGCGGCUGCCCCGGGCUGUUCAGCCUUAAACUGGGGGACCGCCAGCGGCCGGCAGAGACGGCCUUCACAGCAGCAGCGGUCACCAGACUGGUGAAGUCGUGUCGGAAGCUGAAUUUUCUGUACCUUCACUGCACGGCAGACACCGGCCGGGCCGUGCUGACCGCCCUGAAGGAGACGGACCUGCAGUACAGUAAUGGCCGGACCCGUACCAUCUAUCUCCAUGUCCCCGAGGAGCUGUACGAUCAGCUGAAGAGCCAGGAAGGCGAUGGGGUCACAGUGUUGAUGUGGGGGAAAUGAUGCGCUGCACUACCGACCGUGCAGUGAUGAGCUGACUGCAGAGAGGCCGAGCCAGUCGGCCGGGGCCGCCAGCUGACUGCUGCCGUGUGUGCUGCACCAGCCGGCACUGAGAGCGGCGCCGGUCAGCCGGCACACGGCCCCGGUGUCCGCUGUAGUGUAGUGUGAUCUAGUUGUAGUAGUAGUAGUGUAGAUGUAGUAGUAGCACACGAGUGUGAUGUAGUGGGCAAUGAUACCGGGCGGGUAUUGUGGGUAAUUCGACAGUGAAAAGUGAUGUAGUGGGUAAUUACCGGGUGGGUAUUGUGGGUAAUUGGACAGUGAAAAGUGAUGUGCUGGAGAGACUAUACCGAUCGUGACAUUACGCUAUUCUUUAUGUAGAACACACACACGUCUCUGACGGUCCGACUCGGUUCACCGCGCCUGGUCCCGGCGGCACGGCCGGCCUCGGUCACGUGACCGUCCCCCGGUGGAGUCGGACGGCUCGGUCACGUGACCGUCCCCCGGUGCAGUCGGACGGCUCGGUCACGUGACCGUCCCCCGGGUCUGGCUGCACCUCGGCUCGGCGGUGCUGAGCGCCGUGCUGAGCGUGUUGUGACACGUCCCACACGGACAGCUCUACUCGACUACUGGCUAGCUGCCGUCCGAGCUGGCAGUAUCCACGCGGUGUCAGUUCAGACGGCGGCCGGCCGCGCCGCGCCCGCCCGCUCCGGUCCCGGCCGGCGGCCGUCACCCGGCCCGGGGCGGGGACCGGUCCGUCAGCUGACCAUUGGUCAGUCAGCUGACCAUUGUUCCGUCAGCUGACCAUUGGUCAGUCAGCUGACCAUUGGUCAGUCAGCUGACCAUUGGUCAGUCAGCUGAGUGGUCCGUCAGCUGAUUGGUCAGUCAGCUGACUUGUCAGUCAGAUUGGUCAGUCAGAUGUCUAUUAUGAGAGGAGACGCUUCAGCUGUACCAUCGGUAGCCUAGGGCAAUUAGUUACCGGGCGAGUAUUGUGGGUAAUUUGAUGCGGUGAUGCGAUGUAGUGUGUAAUUACCGGUCGGGUAUUGUGGAUAAUGUAACCCUGGGUAUGAUAUAGCCGGCUAUCCAACGGUCGGAUAUAGUCAGCUGGAUGCUACUGAAUUGUGUAGAGCUCUUACGGCACCGGUCAUAACGAGUGUCCUCGCGUCGGUCCGACUCGGUUCACGGAAGCACGCCGUCACGGCCCGGGUGUGCGCCGCCAUGUUUGUGUCCUCUGCUUCGUACAGGGGGGUAAUUGGGCUACCGACCGAUUGGGAGUCGGAGUCGGAGUCCGUGUCGAUCAAGCUGCCUUGACUCCGACUCCGGAACGGCUUUUUAGGUUUUAGUUAUCACUUGGCCAUGCUACUGAUAAUCGGCUGCGCUUUGACUAAUACAUUUUACACAUGUCCA